AUGGGCAGCUGCCAGUCUGUCUGUGGCGGCCGGAAAGAGGGACCUGAAGAAGAGAGCGGGCCGCGGCUCGCACCCUGCCCUAAACUGUCUGCGCCCUUGGUUGACUUCUCAAGAGCAUCUGGGUGGAAAACGGGGCGCCGGGCGACUUUCUGGCCCGCCCCGGGCUCGGCCCGCCACACUCCAGGGCACGCCUGGGCUGGCGGUUCGCCCUACCAGGAAGGCGGGGAGCCCCGCGCUAGAGAACCGAGACGCGGGCACGUCCACGAGGCCAAGGCUGGGCCUCGGCCUCCCCCGUCCCUCCCUCCCGGCCGCUUCCGCCCUCAGGCGCCGGCGUCUCCGUGGCCUGCGCGGCGGCUGCGAGGGGCGCUCUUCGCCCGGGAAGUUCCAGGAGCCCGGCCAGGCCUCGGGCCGCAGCCGCCCCGCCCGCCCAGCCGGAGGCCCGAGGCCAAGCGCGGGGAAGGCCCGCCGCCGCCGCCGCCGCCCCGCCACCACCGCCCCCCCGGGCCCUCCCUCUCGCGGGCCGCUGAGCCUUCCCCGCCGCGGGCCGCACCAGCCCCUCCCGCGCCCGUCGCCACGGCAACCGGCCCGGCCUGCCGCCUCAGCUCCGCCGCCGCCGCCGGGCGCUGCCCCUCCCCGGCCGCCCGUCCUUCCCUCCCGGCACUGCCUCACCUGCCGCUGCCCGAAGGCGAGCCGGGCCGGGCCGCGCUCCACCUCGCUGCCGCCGCCGCCGCCAGGCCCCGGGCGCGCGCGAGCGAGAGGGCGAGAGAGCGGGCGGCGCCCGUGGGGAGGGCUGCGGCCGUCGGCGGGGCGGCCGGUCAGUGUGGCCCGCCCACUCGCCUCUCGCCCGCGCCCGCCUGCCUGCCUGCCUGCCUGGCUGGCGGCGCCGCCGAGGGGGCUUGA